AUGGGCCUCGCCGCCUACCGCACGGCCUGGAAACGGCAGACCAAAUACUUCGGCCACGACCGGCCUGACAAGUACUCGUGCUUCGUGUUUGACAACCGUGGAAUGGGUCUCAGCGACAAGCCUGCGUGCCUCUAUUCCACGUCUGAGAUGGCUCGAGACGUGAUUGACAUGCUCGAACAUGUCGGCUGGCUUCCACCGUCGUCUGUUUCCUCUGCAUCUCCCAAUCAUGAAGGAUCCGACACAGUCAAGACGAGUCCCACUCCUCCAAAGCGAGACCUGCACAUCAUAGGCGUCAGCAUGGGUGGCAUGAUCGCCCAAGAAUUGUCCCUUAUCCUGCCGCAACACAUUGCCUCGUUAUCGCUGAUCUCGACGGCCCCGCGUAUUGUGCGCACCGUACCUUUCGUGCAAAACCUCCGCCAGCGCAUCAACAUGUUCAUCCCGCGCGACAUCGACGUGCAGCUGGACGAGAUCGCGCACCGCCUCUUCUCCGAGGAGUUCCUCGCGGCACCGGACAUGGAGCACCCGGAGCACAACUUCCCCACUAACCGCGACCGCUUCGCUGCCGGCGAGCUGCAGAAGCGCAUGGACAAGGAAGGAUUCACAAAGAAGGGCUUCAUGCUGCAGGCCAUUGCGGCCGGGUGGCACCACAAGUCGGCCCACCAGAUCCAGAAGAUGGGCGAUCUGGUGGGCAGGGAGAGGAUCGCCGUGGCGCACGGCACAACUGAUCGCAUGAUUGAUUUCCGCCACUUUGAGAUGCUGCGCGACGAGCUUUCCGAGGACCCCGCCGCCGAUAAAUCCGACAAUACAGGGCGGGGAUCCUGCGUGUUUCGAGUCUGGGAGGACAAGGGCCACGUGCUUGUGUGGGAGGCUGAAGAAGAGUUCAACAGAUUUUUGGAGGAGCGAUUCAAGACGUGUGCGAGCUUCGAGGGCUGA